AUGGGCUCUUUGUUCGGAGGCGGUGGUCUUGGGGCCACAACAGCUCCCCAGACUUCUAGCCUUUUUGGAUCUACCAAUAAAACAACCAAUACAACCGGUCUCUUCGGAAACACGACUGCUGCCACUACUCAACCUGCUCAAACCUCUUCCCUGUUUGGUCAGCCCCAAGCCCAGCAACAGCAGCAACAGCCAGCCCCCGCUCAGUCUUCUAUCCUAGGACAGACUCAGCAGCCGGCCAAGAAUCCUCAAGAGCAAGAGCAAAUGUCGACCCAGGCGACCAAGCCAGCGUUCUUCAACAGCCUUUUGGAGCGCGGGAGAAAGCGACCGCUCUCGACAAAUCAAAAUGGAAACUUUGAGGACGUGCCCAGUCUCCAACUAGGCCUGGAUGAUAUUCGCAGAAAGGCGCGAGAGCUAGGUACAGCGGGUGGUAAAGACCCCCAGCAGAAUGGUACAACAACAAAGGCCCAUUACCUUCUUGCGUCCUCUGGUAUUACGCCCGGACGGACACUUCGAGACCUUCGCUCUCUAGACCCUCAGGCCACCCUGGCUGCGACGAGAGAACCCGACACCUUCGACCCAGACAACCAGAGAUACCUGAGAAACGUUCAACAGCGUGGUCGGCAGGUCAUGAUUGCUGAGAGUUUAUCGCGGGCUCAAAGAGAUUUUGACGCCUUCUUGGAAGAGAAGGUCGACAUGGACUGGGAGGAGCAACGGCAGAACAUCUUCCAUCAUUUUGGCCUUGCGCAAAAAGACAGCUCCCACGGCGCAACCCUGAAAUCCACAAUGCGGGGUGGUGCCUUUGGUCGGUCAGCAAGGCAAUCUAAGCAAGCUGGCCCCGCUGCAUCCCGUCGAAGUGUAUUUGGACGUUCUGGCCUUGACAAGUCUGUCAUUGGAACUCCGGGUGCCGGCUUGACAAGUCGGCAGCUGUUCGAAGACCCAACAGAGCGCAGUGAAGGACCUUCUGCGCCAUCUCCCGAUCUUCGGUUCCUGCGAGAAAAGAUGGGAAAUUAUGCCGAGAAAGUUCAGCAGUUGAAUGUCGUUCGCCUCCAAGGGCGAACUUACCCAGUGCUUCACCAAUUUUCUGAAGCUGAAAUGCAAACCGGUGGUGACGCUCCACGCCAACUAUUUGAUGCCUAUCAAGCUUUGAUAAGGAUUGUCCACGAGAACCCCAGCAUCACCGGCCCGUCGAAUCAGGACGCAGUGAAAGAACGCCAGUACUCUGGAGACUACCUGGAGGAAUCAAACAAGUCCCGCAAAGCCAUAAAUCUCAAGAAGCAAAUCCUGGAAGGAUCUAGGGGAUUUCUGGAGACAACGUUCUACAAUGAGGUGGAAAAUCUCAUAAUCAAAAACCCGCGUGAAGCUCAGCUGGGUGGUAUCCCGACUGUGAUCAACAAGAUUCGAGCGUACAUUCGCAUUCGCGCUGCCAGGAAAGAUCUCGCACCGGAUGGAACCGAAUUGCAGAUGAAUGACCAAGAUUACUGCUGGAUUCUGAUAUUUUAUCUUUUACGAUGCGGUUUCGUCACAGAGGCGGCUGAGUAUGUCAGCCAGGACCCUGGUUUCCGGUCUUUGGACCAUAAGUUCGUGACUUAUAUGACCACUUAUGCUCAAGAUCCGCGUCUCCCCCGGGAUCUACAGCAGAAAAUAAAUGGAGAAUACCAACAGCGUUCGCGAAAUGCCCCUGAUAACACUGUCGAUCCUUAUCGGAUGGCAUGCUAUAAGAUCAUCGGUCGUUGUGAUCUUUCCCGGCGUCGCCUGGAUGGCGUGAACCAGACCGUCGAGGACUGGAUGUGGCUGCAAUUCAGCCUCGCCAGGGAAGAUGAUCGAGCUGAUGAAGCGGCAGGCGAUGUCUUUGGACUGGAGGACAUUCAGACCGACAUCACGGAGAUCGGUCAACGAGUGUUUACCAAGGGUCAGGAUGGCCCAGGUGGCUAUGGAACGUUCUUCCUUCUCCAAAUUUUGGGAGGCAUGUUCGAGCAGGCCGUGGCCUACCUGGGCACUUAUGCUCCCGUUACCGCGGUGCACUUUGCUAUUGCACUUGCCUACUACGGCCUGCUCCGUGUCUCUGAUUUCUACACAUCUGGGGAAGAAAUUCUGUCUUUCACAGUCAAACAGUACCCGCAGAUCAACUUUGGAUAUCUUAUCACUCAAUACACCCGUGAAUUCCGUACUGGGUACGUUGAGGCUGCCAUUGACUACUUUACGUUGAUCUGCCUCAAUGCAGACCUCCCCGGCUCUCUUGGCAAAUCUCAAGCAGCCGUCUGCCACGAGGCCUUGCGCGAAUUUAUUCUUGAGACUCGGGACUUUGCCAAGUUGCUGGGUGAUAUCCGAGCCGACGGAACAAGAAUCAAGGGUAUCAUUGAGCAGCGUCUUGACCUCAUUAACCUGACGGAUCAGGAGGAUUUCUUGAAGAACAUCACGGUGCAGGCGGCAGGCGUGGCAGAUGACAAGGGUCUGAUCACCGAUGCGGUUCUCCUGUACCACUUGGCGGAGAACUAUGACCGUGUGAUUGAUAUAAUCAACCGCGCUUUGUCGGAAUCAAUUGCCGUUGAGUUGGGCGGUAUGAUGCCAAAGUUGCAACCUCUUCGUCCACGAGUUGAGCAGGGUCAGGACGGUCAGUCCCUUGACCAGUUGAGUGCUACUGCCCCUGGAAGCAGUCUGAGCCUGACCACUGUUGACGACCCAGUUGUUCUGGGCAAGAACAUGAUCCUCCUGUACAACUCCAAGCCGAUGUAUUACGAUAAGAUUCGUCCGGUCAACCGAGACGCCUGUGGUCUACUUCUCUGUAUGAUGGAAGCGAAGAUCGAAGUAGAAGCUGGCAGGUGGGCUCCAGCACUCGAUGCCAUUGACAAACUUAACAUUCUUCCGUUGCAAGCUCGAGGCUCCAUGCAGUUCAUCCGGAGUACAGCUCAGUCCUUCUCAUCCCUACCGGAGAUCAUCUCCCGCAAUAUUGGCCAUGUUAUUAUGUGGUGCAUUGCAUGCAUUGGCCAUGAGCGUCACCGGCAAACAUCGGGACCUUAUGAGACCGAUAUGCACCAAGGAUUUGCGGAACGUCUUCUUGGUAUGGCUAAGGAUCUUAUGGUCUUCUCCGGUAUGGUUAAGUACAAAUUGCCGCCCAAGGUGUAUGAGGCAUUGGCUCGGGCGGGAGCCGACAUUGGAGCUUUCUGA